UGAACUUCAUGUCCCAUGGUGCUUAGCGCCGAGCGUCAUCCCACCGUGCGUAUCCGUUCGUGUGUCGCUUCUCUCUGUAUUGGAAAAAGAAGCACCGUGCGGUUCGCAGCGAUGUCAGUCCAGGCUGUGGCAGUGAAAAUGGCCGAGGUCGAAUUAAAAGACGUGGCCGGUAAAGACUCUCUCCCCACCAUAUCUCCACUGACACCCAAGGCAGAGGAGAAGAAGAGUGAAAAUAACUCAACUUCGUCACCAGCAGCAGCGGCCACGACGGGGGAUCCGAGCCCGGUGACCGCCGCUCCGAACCCCGUGAAGAUGCCGCAGGCGUCCGCGAUGAAGCGGCCGGACCAGCAACAGAACGGUGGCGAUGCGUUUGUCAACUGCGACGGCACCGUGGCCGAGGCACCGCGAAUGAAAAAGAUCCAGUUCGCAGACCAGAAGCAGGAGUUCAACAAACGUCCCACCAAGAUCGGCCGCAGGUCUUUGUCUCGCUCCAUCUCACAGUCUUCUACAGACAGUUACAGCUCAGCCGCCUCGUACACGGACAGCUCCGAUGACGAGACAUCUCCCCGCGAUAAGCAGCAGAAGAACUCCAAGGGCAAUGGAGACUUCUGCAUAAAGAACAUCAAACAAGCCGACUUCGGACGCAGGGAGAUCGAGAUCGCAGAGCAAGAGAUGCCUGCUCUCAUGGCUUUGAGGAAGAGGGCUCAGGGAGAGAAGCCAUUGGCUGGAGCAAAAAUUGUGGGUUGUACCCACAUCACUGCACAGACUGCUGUACUGAUGGAGACUCUCUCUGCUCUCGGUGCUCAGUGCAGGUGGGCCGCCUGUAACAUCUACUCCACUCAAAACGAGGUAGCAGCCGCUCUGGCUGAGGGAGGUUUCUCAGUGUUUGCCUGGAAGGGCGAAUCAGAGGAUGACUUCUGGUGGUGCAUCGAUCGCUGUGUUAACGUGGAGGGUUGGCAGCCCAACAUGAUUUUAGAUGAUGGAGGGGAUUUGACCCACUGGAUUUAUAAGAAAUAUCCCAACAUGUUCAAAAAGAUCAAAGGCAUCGUAGAGGAGAGUGUCACUGGAGUUCACAGGCUAUACCAGUUGUCAAAAGCGGGCAAGUUGUGUGUUCCUGCGAUGAAUGUUAACGAUUCAGUGACCAAGCAGAAAUUUGACAACCUGUACUGCUGCCGGGAGUCUAUCUUGGAUGGUCUAAAGAGAACCACAGAUGUGAUGUUUGGAGGGAAGCAGGUGGUGAUUUGUGGAUAUGGAGAGGUGGGAAAAGGCUGCUGUGCUGCUCUCAAAGCAAUGGGCUCCAUCGUCUACGUCACUGAGAUUGACCCCAUCUGUGCUCUACAGGCCUGCAUGGACGGCUUCAGGCUGGUAAAACUCACCGAAGUCAUCCGACAAGUCGACAUCGUCAUCACCUGCACAGGCAAUAAAAAUGUGGUUGUAAGAGAGUACAUGGACCGCAUGAAGAACGGCUGUAUCGUCUGCAACAUGGGCCACUCCAAUACUGAGAUUGAUGUGGCCAGUCUGCGGACCCCUGAAUUGACCUGGGAGCGGGUGAGAUCGCAGGUGGACCAUGUGAUCUGGCCUGAUGGAAAGAGAAUAGUGUUGCUGGCGGAGGGUCGCCUCCUAAACCUGAGCUGCUCCACGGUUCCUACCUUUGUGCUGUCCAUCACGGCUACUACCCAGGCUCUGGCUCUGAUAGAGCUGUACAAUGCUCCUGAAGGCCGCUACAAACAGGACGUCUAUCUGCUGCCUAAGAAAAUGGAUGAGUACGUGGCCAGCCUUCAUCUCCCUACGUUUGAUGCACACUUGACUGAACUGUCUGACGAACAGGCCAAAUACCUUGGCUUGAACAAGAACGGACCCUUUAAGCCAAACUACUACAGGUACUAGAUCCAUUUACAGAUGGAAAACGAAGACUAAAGAAAUUACCAAGACUCCAUAAAUUCAUACAGACGAAGGCGAGACAGAGCUGUGUGUCACAGCCUGCCUUUGAAGGGGAGGGAGAAGUCCUGAUCUGAUUGGUUGAGAGGGAAGGGCGUGGCUAAUUAGCGCUACGGCAGUAUUUAUUUAUUUUACGCUAGAAUAACAUGGCUAACCUUUUAUGAGCUGCUACUGCCAGUGGUGCAACCUAGCGACGUUUUCAUGGAGAUUUCACCGUUUCAUCUUUUCUUAGCUUCAUGUGUUAGUUGUACGUAAUCCAUUUAGAGAACUUUUUAUUGUUUAACUAUAAGUUCCGGUAAAGAGGAAAAAAAAAGAAAAUGUUCAAUCAUACCUGAUGAUUUAGUCUUGGACAUGCCCACCUGCUUGUUCCCUGUCCUCUUGUUUUCUACAUGAUUUUUUUCUUUAUAUAAAAAAUGGGGGGUGGGACAGAAUACAGUCAGGCACUGGGCUUGAAAUCGUUUAUUUUAGCUGAUCACACUAUACUUUUGUUGUUAUUUUUUUUAUUUUUAUUUUUUUUUAAAAACUUGUAUUACCAUAAUUUUUACAGCAGAUUUUAACAUUUUGCGCUCUCUUGGUUCUAAAUAAAAUCUGUUGAAAUUUAACUGGAUUGUGAACGAUUUGGGGGCGGGGCUUAUCCCCACCGUUCAUAUAGACUGGAAGCUCAUUGGCUGAGGCAUUAGCAUUUCAAAUUUCGCUCCCAAAAGCAACAUGCUGUUUCCAGUUUUUAAGAAUGUCAGUAUUGAUGUUUGAGAUGGAAAUGCUCAAACUGCGCAUUCACAAAUCUAUCCAUGUUAGUGCUGAAACUCAUCAGGCUGUGUUAUCACAGGGGUGUAUAUUAGGAUAUUUAUACUAUUUUUUUUUUUUAUCUUUUCCUUCUGCCAUCAUCUUUUGUUCCUAUGAACUCAUCCUCUGUCUAUCAUUAUAAAAAAAUAAGCAAUUAAAUGUUAUGAUACUCUAGUGUAAUAUGAAAUUUAAUGAAACCCUUGUUUUAUAUACUGUGAAGUAGAGCCUAUAUCAAUGAGAUACCAAAUGUACAGUUAAUCCGGUACCGAGUUUCUUUCCAGGUCCUCAAUGGGAGAGAGAGAUGUGUGUGUGUUAAAUGAAGCCAAGACCAACUGUGUACUCAUUUCAGAGGAUUGAAGGAAAGCUUUGCUGUUUGCAGGCCUGUAGAGCAAAAGCUGCCUUUAUGACUGGGAUAUUCAAAUCUAAUAAAAUUGGGACCUAUAUUUUACUAUAUUUCUGAAAAUCUUUAUGGCAGAUAUUUAUCUCUUUUUUGCCAUCCGUGUUUGUCAUAAAGGGAAUCUAAAUGACUUUUUACCUGUUUCCUGUUUAAUGUGGCAUCAUUUUCCUUUACUCAGGACUGUCAUAUGUUGUAGGUGUCAAUUGGCUGGUAAUGUUUGUCCUACUAGUAAUUAUGGUCCUUGUUGUGAUAUCAAACAUCACGUUACUGUUCC